AUGUCCUCCGUCAACGAUAACGCCCCCUCGCCGCUCCCGGCCGAUGGGGUGAGCAAGCGCAAGCAAGGCUCUGCGGCUUGCGUUCAUUGUCACCGGCGCAAGGUUCGCUGUGAUGCCCGCUCAGUCGGAACACCCUGCACGAACUGUCGCGCUUCUGGAAAAACCGACUGCCGUAUACACGAAAAGAAGAAGCGCCUUGCAGUGCGGUCCAUCCUUGAUCCUGUUCCAAUCCGGUCUCGGCCUCUACCAUUGACCGAUCAAACCUCGAACCCCUCUCUCGCUGCGGGAACACCAAUACCACCAAGCUUUCCCACUGCGUUUCCAAACGGCCAUGGCAAUUCCACCUCGGGGGCCCUUCCACAACAUGGCUUCCCACCAGGCACGGGACCAGAGCCAUUCGGCCGCCAAGGCCCUGAUCUGGCGCAUGCCCAGGAGGCCCAUAGCGAGAUGCAGCAACAUCUCGUGAAGUUGAUAGACGAAGAGGAAUCAGGGAGAAGAGAGAUUCAACGAGGCGUGCGGGCAUUCUAUGUUGGGCACGAACUCUCAAAUAUGUCCUUCCUGAUCCGGCAACAACGUGAUCAAGAUGACGAUGUCUAUCAUUUUGCCAGCAAUGAAAUUCCACGGCGCCAAAUGAAGGCGGGCCAUGAUCAGCUGCUCACGGACGCUCUUACACUCCCAGAACCGCCUUUGGCUGAUGAGCUGGUUCAGGCGUAUUUCACCUAUGUCAACCCAGGUUACCCCAUCGUCGACGAGGAUUUAUUCAUGACCCAAUAUCGAAAUCGGGACCCUGCAGAUCCCCCACCCAUAUUACUCCUCCAGGCAAUUCUGCUGGUUGGAGCACAUGUGUCGCGCGGCAAAUUAGAGCGGGAUGCUCUCAAGGAAAUAUUCUUCCGCCGCACCAAGUACCUGUUCGAUAAUCGUAUAGAGCGAAACCGCGACAUACUUGUUCAAGCGGCGCUUCUUCUGACCUGGCAUUCCGAUAGCGCAGAUGACGAUGUCGCUGCGGACGCUCACUUCUGGGUUGGCGCGGCGGCACGGAUUGCCACAGGACUUGGCAUGCACCGCAAUCCCGUCUCAAGCAGCUUCGUGACUCGCGAUAGGCGAAUGUGGAGAAGGGUGUGGUUUAUCUUGGUCCAGUUUGAUGUGAUGAUAUCCCUGUCAUACGGUCGACCGCAGGCGAUUAAUCUGGACGAUUCUGAUGUGUCUCCGCUAACACCUGCGGAUUUCGAGAAUUGUGGUCCGCAUGUGCAAGCCGAAUUUGUGAUGAACUUCACCGAGCUAUGCACAAUGAUCUCGUACCUCAUCCGCGACCGAUUCGGCCUUCGGACCACAGAGGAGCGACGGAAGGCAGUCCUCCAGGAAGCAGAUGGAUCCCUUGCCACCUGGUCCUUGAAACUUCCUGAUAAUCUUCGGCUGCGAGCGUCGGACAUGGAUCCUUGGUCCGCAAUGCUCCAUCUAACCUACAACAAUUUCCUCAUUCUCUUGCAUCGGCCACAUCCCAGAGCCUCGGCGUAUUCCGAUGACUAUGGCCCUCAUGACGCAGAAAUCUGCAGUGCUGCGGCUGGUGUCAUCGCCUCCAUCUUUGAAGAGUUGAGGAUGAACGAUCGCUUGAAGUACCUCUGGUACACUGGUGUUCACACGCUCUUCACUGCCAUGAUCCAGGUUCGAGUCGAACUCCGAUUCUCAAAUCCAGUUCUUGCCAUCAACGCUUUACGGCGAUUUGACUCAGCAUCCUACUCGCUACGUGAAUUGGCUCAGUACUGGGUCCAUGCUGGUACGAUACUGCGACUCUUUGAGGACUCCAAGCGCCUCCAAGAGGAUCUUCGAAUGGUAACCACGGAACGGCCCAAGCCCUUUGGCGAGCCCCAUGCACACAAAAUGCCCAUGCAUAUCGCAUCUCCCGUCCCUUCGAUUACCAUGCAAACCCCUCGACCGCUUUCUUUCGGUGUGCCCACCCCCGAGUCGACCACAUCCCUUCAGUCUUCUCUGCACCAGAACACUCUCUCACCUCAGCCCAACCCUCCACAAUUCAACAACUGGAUUGCUCCUCUUCGGCUCAAUGUCGGCCCAAUGGAAAGAAACGAUCCUUAUUCAAGCAGCAUGCAAGUGGAUUCCAUAGAGCCGGCUCGGGACUAUCCCGAUUGGCGACAAUUGUUUUCAUUUGGAGAUAUAGACCUACCACCUCCUGUGGGAGUCGAAGGUCUGCCCGAGCUGGAAGACGAGUGGCGGCAGAUCUAUUGGCAGGAUGCUCCGAUGGCAGAUCUAAUCCAUGACGGUGGAUGGGGCCACUAA